GGGCUUUGUGUUUGGUAGCCGUCAACGUUUCUUGCUGGCUAACAGUUGUUGCUCCGUUGUAACUGAGGGAUAAUUUCAGAAUUAAUGACGAAAGAAAAAGUCGCUAUUUUAAUACGGGUCAGACAGCGCAUUUUCCCUUUGUUUUCAUCGUCAUUUACUUUUAUCACCUCUGCAAGCUUAAUAUAAUUAAGCGAAUUGAAUGAGUUGCGAGACCGCUCUUUUGUUUGACUGAAGCACGGCGCGUGGAUUGGCUGUUGGGGAUUGUUUACCGGAAGGUUAGCAACGAGGCUAACUGUACUUAUAGCAACGCAUCGUGUUAUAAGUUGAUUUAAAAGCAGCAAAAGCAUACUUUUCAAAGAAAAUACAUAUAUCGUAUCAAUGGGGUCCAAGAGAAGGCGGACCACCUCUCCCUCCAGCAGUGCCAGUGGAGGAGACUUUGAUGAUGCUACCUCAUCCACCCCAGUCAGUGCAUGGAGAAGGAGGAGAGCUGCCACUUCCCCUUCUGUCGAUCAAAUUGCUGUGUGCCAUGAAUUGUACAACACUGUCAGAGAUUACAAGGAUGAACAAGGCAGACAGAUCUGUGAGCUGUUUGUUCGUGCACCAAAGAGGAGAAACCAGCCAGAUUAUUACGAGGUGGUGAGCCAACCCAUAGACAUGAUGAAGAUUCAACAGAAGCUCAGGACAGAGGAAUACCAGGACAUCGAACAAUUUUCGGCUGACUUUUACCUGCUUAUUAACAAUGCCAAAUCAUACUAUCAGGCUGACAGUGCAGAGUACAGAGCUGCUUGCAAGCUUUGGAAUGUCUUUCAAUCCACGAAGAAUGAACUGAUACAGGGCGGUGAUGGAGAGGAGGCAGAGGAUGAUGAGGAAGGUGAAGAAGUAGAGAACCCUAGCGCCUCAAUGGAAGAGGAGACAUCACCAAGUUAUCUAAAAGCCAUAUUGGAACAGCUUUUGGAGGCCAUCGUGUCAUGCACUGAUCCUUCAGGGAGGACCAUUAGUGAGCUUUUCCAGAAACUUCCCUCCAAAUUGCAUUACCCGGACUACUAUGCUGUAAUAAAGGAACCAAUAGAUCUACGCAGUGUGGCUCAGAAGAUACAGGCGGGACAUUACAAAUCUAUCGGUGCCAUGGCCAAGGACAUUGAUCUUUUGACAAAAAAUGCUAAAACCUACAACGAGCCUGGUUCGCAGGUUUUCAAGGAUGCAAACACUAUAAAGAAGGUCUUUGCCCAGAGAAAGGCAGAGAUUGAGCAGGCCGAACCCACAAAAUCCAGCCUCCGCAUCAGAAACCGUAGGUCUGCUCAGGGAGACCGUCUGUCUGCCAUCACCAUGGCUCUUCAAGCGGGGUCUGAAAGUGAUGAAGACUCCCUGCUCUCAGGAACUGUGCGUUAUGAUUCUGCAGAAACCGAGGCUGACUGCGGUCUCGCUUCAGGUGACCCAAUCCUCCAGCUGUACCAGGCCGUGCGUGGAGCUCGAAGCGUUCAGGGGCUACUUCUCUCUGAACCUUUCCUUCAGCUGCCCUCACGUAGGGAAUACCCAGACUACUACCAGCAGAUCAAAAACCCCAUCUCACUACACCAGAUCAGGGAAAGGAUGAAGAACGGAGAUUACGAGGGAGUUGAACAGAUGGAGGCUGAUCUCAUGCUCAUGUUUGAGAAUGCAAAGCGCUACAACAUGCCCAACUCCACCAUAUAUAAGCGUGCCCACAGGCUGCAGCAGAUAUUGCAAAUGAAGAAAAAAGAGAUUCGGGAUGAAGAUGAAGGAGAUGUAUCUACCGCAGCUUCUGACCCAGGAAGUGCUAGAAAGAAAAGCUAUAAGAAGAACACCAAGAAAAACCGAAUGAAGAUAUUGUAUGCUGCAGUAACUGAGGCACGAGAAGCCAGCAGUGGGCGCCGCCUCUGUGACCUCUUUAUGGUGAAACCCUCCAAGAAAGACUACCCGGACUACUAUCAGAUCAUCCAAGAUCCGAUGGAUCUACGGACCAUCGAGCAAAAUAUUCGCAGUGAACGUUAUAACAACGAAGACGCGCUUUUGGAAGACAUGAAGCUUAUGUUUCGCAAUGCCAGGCAUUAUAACGAGGAGGGGUCUCAGGUUUACAACGAUUCAAAUAUCUUGGAAAAGAUAGUUAAAGAUAAACAGAAAGAGCUUGGACCUGCGCCAGAUGAGGAUGACAUGGGCUCUCCUAAACUCAAGCUUCGGCGUAGUGGAGUUGCAGCAUCCCCUAAAAAGGCACGCACCCAGACCACACCACUUCAACAGAAGCUAUCCGAUCUCUACGAAGCCGUGCGCAACUUCACAGACAAUCGCGGGCGACGUCUCAGUGCCGUUUUUCUGCGUCUACCGUCACGCUCCGAGCUGCCCGACUAUUAUGCCGCCAUUAAGCGACCCAUCGACAUGGAGCGCAUACGCAGCUACAUGGUACAGGGUCGCUACCAAGACAUUGACUCGCUGGCAGAAGAUUUCAUUCUUAUGUUCAACAAUGCUUGCACCUACAACGAGCCAGAGUCUCUCAUAUACCGCGAUGCUCUGUUGCUCCAUCGAGCUUUUCUAGAAGCACGUCGGCGCAUUGAGGAAGAAGAGGAGGGAGAUGAAGGUUCACUGGGCUCCGUGUCUGUUGGCCCUCUUGUGCGUGAGCUCAUUCGUAAUCUCUUUGUUUCAAUGAUGGGGCACCAGGACGAUGAGGGGCGGUGCUACAGCGACUCCUUGGCGGAGGUGCCGGCCAUUGACCCUGAUAACCCGGAAGAUCCUCCGCUCAGUUUAGAGAUUAUUCGAAACAAUGUGGAUCACGGGCGCUACCGGAGACUGGAUGUUUUUCAGGAGCAUGUGUUUGAAGUGUUGGAGAAAGCUAGACGACUUAACAGGACUGAUUCUGAGAUCUUUGAAGAUUCGGUGGAGCUUCAGCAGUUCUUUGUGAAGAUUCGUGACGAGUUGUGCAAAAAUGGUGAAAUCUUGCUCACCCCAGCGCUGAGCUACACAUCCAAACAUCUGCAUGCAGACGUGGACCAGGAGAAGCGUGAGAAACUGCCUGAGGAAAUAGAGGAGGACCAACUAAAACGAGAAGAGGAAAAGAAAGCUCUUCCAGAAGACGGAAAAGUAGAGGGACCUGCAGGAAGCCAGUGGUCAUCAGGUUCUCAAAGUGCAUACAGUCAGGAUUGCAGUUUUGAGAACAACACUUACAGCGUGGGAGAUUGCGUGUAUGUGGAGCCUGCGGAGGCCAAUUUGCAACCCCACAUUGUGUGCAUCGAGAAACUCUGGAAGGACGAAUCUGGUGAGCAGUGGCUGUAUGGUGGCUGGUUUUAUCGCCCAGGUGAGACAUUUCAUCUGGCCACACGUAAGUUCCUGGAAAAGGAGGUGUUCAAGAGCGACUACUACAACCGUGUGCCUUUCAGCAAGAUCUUGGGAAAAUGUGUUGUAUUGUUUGUAAAGGACUAUUUUAAAUCGCAACCAGACGGCUUCAAACCAGAAGAUGUCUACGUCUGUGAGUCUCGGUACACUGCCAGGAACAAGACCUUCAAGAAGAUCAAGGUAUGGUCCAUGCCACCAACCUCUGUGAAGCUGGUUCCUCGAGAAGUUCCUUUGCCCGUGGUCAGGGUGGCUUCCAUGUUCGUCAGUGCUAAACGGGAUCAAGACAAAAUGUUGGACCUUCCUGAUGGAGACGGUGGUUUCAUUGAGAAAGAACGAGAAGAUGUUCAGGUUGAGGUGGCCAAUGGAGAGCCGGGUUGCCAGUACUAUGAACAGUUUUGCUACAAUGAUAUGUGGCUCAAAGUGGGUGACUGUGUCUACAUUCGCUCCCACGGGCCGGCACGCCCACGAGUUGGCAGGCUCGAGAAAAUCUGGGUACGAGACGGAGCAGCAUUCUUCUUUGGACCAAUCUUCAUCCACCCUGAAGAGACUGAACAUGAGCCAACCAAGAUGUUCUACAAGCGUGAAGUCUUCCUCAGCAACCUGGAGGAAACCUGCCCUAUGACCUGCAUUUCAGGGAAAUGCGUGGUCUCCACUUUCAAGGAUUUCCUGUCCUGCAGACCUACCGAGUAUGCGGAGGAAGAUGUGCUCCUGUGUGAGAGUCGCUACAUUGAGAGCGAGAAGCAGAUGAAGAAGAACAAAGGCCUUAAACGUUUCUCUCUCUCUGCCAAAGUGGUAGAUGAUGAGAUCUUCUACUUCAGAAAGCCUAUCGUGCCUCAAAAGGAGCCUUCUCCCCUGCUGAAUAAGAAGAUUGAAGAACUGGAGGCCAAGUUUGCAGACAUGGAGGACCUGGAUGAAGAUAUGGACGAUCUGGAUGAGGAUGAUGAAGAGGCAGCAGCGACCCCUUCAAUGCCUCAGAGUCAGGCGUCUAUAUUAAGUGACAUAGAUAUGCCUUAUACACCCCCACAGUCUACGCCAAAGAUAAAGGGCAUGUCCAAGAAAGAAGGAGCCAAGCGUAAGAUGAACAUGAGCGGCUACAUCCUGUUUAGCAGUGAGGUGAGGUCACUUAUUAAAGCCCGUCACCCUGAUUACUCCUUUGGAGAGCUGAGCCGACUGGUGGGCACAGAAUGGAGGAACCUGGAAACUACUAAAAAGGCAGAAUAUGAAGAACGAGCGGCCAAACUGGUGGAGCAGCAGGAACGAGAGAGGGUCCUUCAGCAACAGCAGCAGGCGGCAUCCCCAAGAGCAGGUACUCCAGUCGGCUCAAUGGUGGGGAUGGUACCUCCCCCAAGUGCUAUGGGAAUGCUAAACCAGGCCAUGCCACCUGUGCCAGGCAUGAUGGGAAAUUAUGGCCCACCCUACAUGCCCAUGCAGGGUCCUUCUGAUGGCAUGAUGGGCAUGGGUGGCACACCACCUCAUCUCAUGGGGGUGCCCCAGCUGCCCUCCCAGCACUACCUUCCACCAGGCAUGGCCGGGUACCCUGGUAUGCCCCAUCCGGGAAUGAAUGGUAUGGCUGGAAGUCCUGGUCCUGGAAACCAUUAUGGCAUGCAGAUGGGGGUUUAUGGGCCAGGACAACAGGCUCCACCACCUUAUCCUGGUCAACCAGGCCAGCAACAGCCAACCCCGCCUAUGUUUGUUGCCCCGCCUCCAAAACCCCAGCGACUGCUGCAUUCAGAAGCUUACCUGAAAUAUAUAGAGGGCCUCAGUGCUGAUUCCUCCACUAUUAGCAAGUGGGACCAGAGCCUUAAGGCACAAAGAAAAGACUGUCGGCUUUCCAGGGAACAAGAGAGCCGUCUCCCCACACACUGGCUGAAAAGCAAAGGUGCUCAUACCACGAUGGUAGAUGCGCUGUGGAGGCUCCGAGACAUGAUGAUGAAGGACACAAUCAACAUCCGACAGGCCUACAACCUUUAAACCUUCAAGCUUCACACCCAACUCUCAGGACUCUAAUUUAUGCAAGACUGUUGUCCUACCAAAUCUUCCCUACCACGACUAAAGAUCUGAAAAAGUAUUACGUACUUUAUCAGAAAUGCUUCAGCAAUAAUAAUAUCUGUUACUGUUAGUUUGUCUGUGUAUGUGUGUGUGUGUGUGUGUGUGUGUGUGUUUGUGUGUGUGAAAGGUUUUAGCCAUUUAUUUAGGUACAUAAGACACACUGAAAUUAAGUCACUAAUGCAUCAGCUACUGAUAUGGUUUUCUUACAUGUGGUGACAUUGUUCAAUUAGAGGUCUUUAAGUAUAAAUAUUAAUGGUUGUGACGUUAAACUGCAUCCGUUUUUAAACUGUACACUUUUUAACCGUUCAGAGGCUAUUGAAGCACCUCAGGCACCUGGUAAAAAUAAAUUAACCCUUAAAGUUAUCCAGCUAUGAUCACUCUAUUUCACAGAGAAAGUAAUUAAACACGGUAGCAUUUUACAAAUGUGUUUUCUUUUUUAUACAAAGGCGAAAUAAGCUGCGUUACUUAUUUUAUUGAUUGUGUAAUUUGUUACUUUUUCAUUUUAUACAGACAAAAAGCUUGCAAGAUGUUUUGCCCUGCGAUGUUUGUUUGAACACUGCUGCAUUAAAGUGGACAGAUUUGUGUCAAUUUCACCAAUAAACAACAUUUCAAUAUAUUAAA